GUAUAGUAAAUCCCCCAAACAGAAACCCUCUAAACCCAUGGCACCGCCCACGCCCGGCCUCUCGGCCGCCGCUCGCCUCGUCAUCCGCCGCUUCCUCACCACCGGCGCGGAGGCCGCGGAGGCGGUGGCUCCCCACGCCGCGAGGGCGAAGGGGAAGAAGGACAAGCGGCCGCUGGGUCGGCGGCUGCUGGAGCUCGGGGACGCGGCGGGGGAAGGGAGCGUGUCGCGGGUGCUGGACGAGUGGGUGCGCGAAGGGCGGGAGGAGGCGAUCGCCGCGGCGGAUCUCGCCAAGUGCGCCAGGGAUCUCCACAAGGUCAAGCGCGACGCCCACGCCCUCGAGUUGAUGGAUUGGAUGGUUAAUACAAAGGGUAUGAGCAUGACAUAUGCUCGAUAUGCAUUGCAUUUGGAACUCCUUUACAGUGUGUAUGGCAUUGAGGCUGCAGAGGAAUACUUUUCUGGCAUCCCUUCUUUUACUCGAGACCAGAACCAUCGAACUUAUGGUGCACUUUUGAACUGUUAUUGCUCUGCUAAAAUGGAAGAGAAAGCUACAAAUAUCUAUCGCAGGAUGGACGAACUUGGCAUCCCAUCCAGUACUAAGCUCAUGAAUAACCUGAUGGGCCUUUACCUGGAGCUAGGCCAACAUAGCAAGGUGGCUAACCUGUUUGAUGAGAUGAAAGAGAGGAAUGUUCAACCGGAUGAGCUCACAUGCUGCAUUCUGAUGCGUAGUCAUGCAGCACACAACAAGAUAGAUACUGUCAAAGAGACUUUUUACAACAUGUCACUAUUAGAUGUGCCUAAACAAUGGUCUAUAUUUAGAACACUCGGUUCCAUCUAUAUGAAUGCUGGUAUGGUUGAAGAGGCAGAAUUGGCUUUUAUGAGAGCUCAGGAAUUUCUCGGUUUUGAUCAUGGCAGGCACCCUUUUUAUUUCCUUAUGAGGCAAUUUGCAUCAAUAGGCAAUUUGAGAGGGGUCAACAGAGUGUGGAAAGACAUAAAAAUGACUUUUUCUUAUAACAGGACUAACUUCAGCUACCUCCUCAUGCUUCAAUGUCUCUAUAAACUCGGUGACACCGAUCGGAUGAAGGAGAUUUAUAAGGAGUGGGAAUAUCGUUAUGAAAACUAUGACCCGAGGCUGACAAAUAUGUUGACCCGAGCUCAUCUAAGGAAUGGCAUGACCAAUGAAGCUGAAUUGUUGUGGGAGAAGGUCAAGGAAAGAGGUGGUGAUUUCGAUUUCGAAACAUGUGAGCUGUUUCGGGAGCAUUACUUGGGGAAAGGGGACACGACCUCCGCUUUGAAAUGGGCUGAAAAGAUGACCAAACUUCCCAAGAAACAAGGGAAGCAAGAUCAGGAGACCUGCAAGUUCUUGAAGUGGUUCGAAGAAGACAAGGUUGUGGAAGGUGCCAAAAGUACCUGCAACUGCAGCAACUGCUUGAGGAAUGCGGACAGCAAGACAUGUGAACCCCUCCUGCUCCUGCAGACCUACUCCCCGACUGACAAGACAAGCCGUUCGCUGCUUCAACGGAUCAAAGAAGAUUCAAUUGAAGUGUUUGGUAGUCCAUAGAAGUUUUUUUUUCACAUAUCUGAAAAUUGCAAAAUUAACCGAUCCACGCAUCUGAUAACGAUACUUUGUUUUGGAAAGUACCCAAAUAAUGUAACUUACUUCCUCCGUUUUAUAAUGUAAGUCAUUUUAGCAUUGCCCACAUUCAUAUAGAUGUUAGUGAAUAUAUACAUAUGCAUAUGUCUAGAUUCAUUAACA